AUGUCACAGAAUAAUACUUUGGGGAAUAUGACUCAGGCGGUGUCAGAUGGAGAGCUAAACAUGUCUGCGCGCAGCUGUGGAGGCAGUAGUUCUAGUCUUCCCGGGACCCCAGGAGGAGAGGGACCAGCCAACAGUGUGCUCAGAUGGGCAGUCUCUUUUGAAAACCUCUUGGAGGACCCCUGUGGUGUUCGAUACUUCACGGACUUUCUGAUGUCCGAGGUCAGUGCAGAGAACAUCUUAUUUUGGCAGGCCUGUGAAAAGUUCAAGAAAAUCCCAGCCACAUCUUUGAAUGAGCUGAAGACUUCGGCUUGUUCCAUGUUCAACAUGUAUCUGUCUGAGAGCGCUCCGUAUUCUGUGAACAUCGAUGACUCUGCUCGAAUUGAGGAGCAGGACUUGGAGCAGCCUACACCCGACAUGUUUACCAAGGCUCAGGCUCAGAUUUUUAAACUCAUGAAGAUGGACAGCUAUCGUCGCUUUGUGCGCUCGCCACUGUACCAGAGCUGCACUUUGUCCAGUGUUGAAGGCAAAUCUCUGCCAUCUCUUUCCUCAGAAGCCAAUAAAGGGUCCCAGGACAAUGUGACCAGGAGCCCCUACAGUGACAAAAAGCAGAACAGAAAGUCAGACUUCAGCAGUCUGAGAAAUAAACAGCAGCAGAAACGAGGAUCCUGGGGAGAAGUAGAAGCUUCUGCUGCAAAUGUUUUGGUGUUCCGAAAAGAUUACCAGACGUCAAGCAAGUCCAACACCGCAGAGCUGGGCUCCCUCUACAGGCAGAUUGAGAAUGGGAGGUCUUCCCUUCUUUCCUCAGUUGAGGGUGGCCAUGGCCGGCUCGGAGUGGAAGGUGGUUACUGCUGCGUUUAUCUUCCCGAUGGUAGUGCUUCUCUGGUCCCCACUCGGCCUGGGCUGGACAUUAGAGAAAUGCUUCAGAGCCUGUGUGAGAAGAGGCGCUUCCCACUCAAAGAUGUCAUAAUUUACCUUCAUGGCAAGGACAAGCAGCAGCCUCUGUCUCUGGACCAGGACUGCGCUGUGCUCCGGGAUCAUCAAGUGUCUCUGGAGCUCAGGGUGAAGUUUGCACUUGAAAUAGCAUUUACUGGUAAGACAGUCGGCAUAAUGGUAAAGUCAAGCAAGACGCUACAGGACGCUUUGUCUGCGGUGCUGCAGAAGCAUAAUCUAAAAGUACCUGAGGUGCAGCUCUCUAUGGUCGACAGUGACGAUGCAGUAAGCAUGAACACCAGUGUGUUCAAACUGGCCAACAAGACACUUCGGCUGGACAAAGCCAAAGGGAAGGACACAAACCUUUCUAAAGCCACAGCUCAUACGACUACAGAGGCAUUUCCAGGGACUGAUGGGGAUAAGAUGUUUCGAUCACAAUCACACAAUGACAGGAACAAGGCGCAGCCCAAGCCCAGUAAGAACCGCGACAUGGAUGGGCUGCUGGACAUGCUGAGCAGAGCACAGUGCUGCCGCGUGGAUGACCAGAGAGGACUCCUGACCAAAGAGCAGCUUGAAGUGCCUCAGUUUCUGCAGAAGAGCCCUGAGGAUGGAGAGGUGAAGCCCAACGCGACUUCCUCCCCCCCUCAUCCCACAGACGAAGACAGCCCUGACUGCAAGGAUCCCCGGAUUCCAACAGCAGCAGAAGACGUGAGAGAAACUCAUGUAUGA